AUGGCUAUAGUAGAGACACAAAAGUCGUUUGAUAUCCCCAAGAAGUACAAGGCUGUCAUUUAUGAUAAGCCUGGAACUCUUUCUACCAAGGUCGAAGAGCUUGAUACUCCUGAGCCCGGAGCGGGCGAUGUGCUUGUUCGAAUAACGCAUUCUGGAGUCUGCCAUUCGGACCUCGGGGUGAUGGAGAACACCUGGCGUGGCCUGCCUUAUCCUACACAGCCAGGCCAGGUUGGUGGUCACGAGGGAGUUGGAAUUGUCCACAAACUUGGCCCUGGUGCUGAAAAUGGCCGAGUUAAAGUUGGCGACCGCGUCGGGAUCAAGUGGGUUGCCUACGCAUGUGGUGCAUGCCCCCCUUGCAUGGAAGGCAAAGAUGGCGUAUGCUUCAACCAGAAGAUCUCAGGCUACUAUUACCCAGGGACUUUUCAGCAAUACGCCCUGGCUCCUGCUAACUACGUCACGCCGAUUCCGGAUGCCUUGAGUUCUGAAGAUGCUGCUCCUAUGCUUUGCGCUGGAGUCACCACGUACUCGGCCUUGCGAAAAUCAGACGCAAAAAGCGGACAAUGGGUUGUAAUUGUUGGGGCUGGAGGUGGUCUAGGCCAUCUUGCUACGCAGAUAGGCGCUCGUGGUAUGGCUUUACGUAUCAUUGGUAUUGAUCAUGGAAGCAAGGAGGACCUUGUUAAGUCUUGUGGGGCUGAGGUCUUUCUCGAUAUCACUAAAUAUGAUGAUAAAACCAUCGCCGAAGAAGUCAAGAAAGCAACGGGGGGCCUUGGGUCCUCUGCGGUUAUAGUUUGCACGGCAUCCAACAAAGCAUAUGGCCAAGCUCUUGACUUUCUGAGAUUUGGAGGAACACUUGUAUGCGUGGGAAUGCCAGAAGGAGACUCCCAACCAAUUGCAAAAGCAUACCCGGCUGCCAUGGUUGCAAUGGAGCAUAAUAUUAAGGGUUCGGCAGUGGGAAACCAGCGUGAAGCAAUGGAAGUCCUCGAUAUGGCCGCACGCGGCAUCGUAAAGACGCAUCUUCGAAUAGAGAAGAUGGACAAUUUGACAGAAGUCUUCCAACAGAUGUCAGAAGGGAAGAUGCGAGGAAGAGUAGUGCUAGACCUCCAAUAA